AAAGCUGUUUUUGUUUGUAUUCUAUAAGGCUGUAUAUAUAUAAUGUAGCUAGGUUUGGGUCGCUAUAAAGUAUAGUAAUAUAUGUCUACAAAAGAAUAAUUCCGGUUCUCGAUAUGAUCAUUGCCACCAUUCAUAAACCACGUUACAACAGGAACGCAUGAUACAACAAAACUCUCUUUUCCGUUUUCUUUUAGCGUCAAUGCGUCAUAUAUGAACAGAAGCCCUCAUGCAUGUCCUCUUUGAUUUCUUCAACUUUUAAACCUAACUUGCAUGAUCUUGUUCCAUUUUCUUAAUUCUUUGUAAGAAAUCAAAAACAAUACCUGAGUACAUGUGUUUAAUAAGUGCAUCAACAUGAAAAAAAUAAUGGAAUCGGUGGAUCAAUCAUGUAGUGUUCCUCCGGGAUUCAGAUUCCAUCCAACAGAUGAAGAGCUCGUUGGUUACUAUUUAAGGAAAAAAGUUGCAUCGCAAAAGAUCGAUCUUGAUGUCAUAAGAGAUAUUGAUCUCUACAGAAUCGAACCAUGGGAUUUACAAGAGAGCUGCCGAAUCGGAUAUGAGGAAAGAAAUGAAUGGUAUUUCUUCAGCCACAAAGAUAAGAAAUAUCCAACAGGAACAAGAACAAACAGAGCGACCAUGGCUGGGUUUUGGAAAGCCACGGGCCGAGACAAGGCUGUUUACGACAAGUCAAAACUGAUUGGUAUGAGAAAAACACUUGUGUUCUACAAAGGAAGAGCCCCUAAUGGCCAAAAAACCGAUUGGAUCAUGCAUGAAUACCGGCUAGAGUCAGAUGAGAAUGCACCUCCUCAGGAAGAAGGGUGGGUGGUUUGUAGAGCGUUCAAGAAAAAGCCAAUGACCGGGCAAGCCAAGAACACAGAAACUUGGAGCUCAAGUUACUUUUACGACGAAUUACCGAGUGGAGUACGCUCAGUUACGGAGCCUCUUAACUACGUAUCUAAGCAGAAACAAAACGUUUUUGCACAAGAUUUAAUGUUCAAGCAAGAACUAGAAGGAUCAGAUAUCGGUUUAAACUUCAUCCACUGCGAUCAAUUCAUUCAACUUCCGCAGCUUGAAAGCCCUUCACUCCCUCUUACCAAAAGACCAGUGAGCUUGACGUCAAUUACAUCAUUGGAGAAGAAUAAAAAUAUCUACAAAAGACAUUUAAUAGAAGAGGAUGUGAGCUUCAAUGCGCUAAUAAGUAGUGGAAAUAAAGAUAAGAAGAAGAAGAAAACAUCAGUGAUGACGACGGAUUGGAGAGCACUCGAUAAAUUUGUUGCUUCUCAACUUAUGAGCCAAGAAGAUGGAGUUUCGGGUUUUGGAGGUCAUCAUGAAGAAGAUAACAAUAAAAUCGGUCAUUACAAUAACGAAGAGAGCAAUAACAAGGGAUCAGUAGAGACUGCUUCUUCCACGUUAUUGAGUGAUAGAGAAGAAGAGAACAGAUUCAUCAGUGGAUUAUUGUGUUCCAACUUGGACUAUGACUUAUAUAGGGAUUUACAUGUUUGAUAAAAGAUAACACUAUAAUAUGGUGCGUAACGUUUGCUAUAUAGGUACGUAGAAUUUAUUGAUACAGUAUAACAUAUAUAAAGAUGUGUGAAAGAUUUGUUUUCUUCUACUAUAUAUACUUUUUCGUGAAAAAAGAAUAAUGUAUAUAUGGCUGUGAGUGAGUGAAGAUAUAUGCUAUUUACUUUUGUGUUUGAUGUAACGAAUUAUAGUUUAGGGUUUUGGUUUAAGU